AUGAAUGUUUCAAAUCCUUCGACUACGACUACUGCUACUAAUACUACCACCACCAAUAACAACAACAAAAACAAUAGCGACACUAACACCAUAGCUGCCGCUGUUGAUGCUGCUGCUGUUCAAGGUGAUGCUUCGACUAUUGAGGGUGGAGGAGACGUGAAAGCAGUGAAGAAGGUGGUGCGCUUCAACGACGUGGUUGAAGUCUUCCACUUCGAGAAGUUCCUCACUUCUAAGUGCUCGAUGUUGAUCCAGGAAAAAUACUCUAAUUUGCUUGGAGACGCUGACGACAGACGCAUCUGUCGAGCCGCUCGCCUCACCGGCUGCACAACACGUUUCAACACCUCCACCGCAAGACGCAACAAGCACGGUGAACUGUGCUUUGUGGUGACUGUGGAAGGCAGACUGGACUCGGAUGUGGAGAGAUUCAAGAGGCUAAUACGCGACAAGUUUCAUGACAUCCUCUUCACUCAUGCUUGA